AUGGCCGACUCGAAGCCUUCAUCAUCUCUCACCACGAAUAAUGACGUGCCUGGUGCUGAGAAUGAAUACGGUCUUCAAGAUCUUGCUCGUCUACCUCUUCUAGAACAAGUUCAUCGUCUUUUCCAUGCUAUUCAGUCUCAAUAUCCCUACAAAGACACAAAUGCAUGGAAAACGCUCCCAUUGGAUCAAAAGAAGAAAAUGUUGCAUUACAUUCGUACUAAACGACACCAAAAGCUACAAGUUCAUAUUGAGUCAAAGCUGGUAACUACAGAGGAGAAUCAGAUGAAGAAACAGUCGGACCAAGGACUGAUACUGGAUCCAGCUCUAGCGGUCAAGUCUGAUCCUUAUCUUCGAAUGUUACAGCAGAGAAAAUUACAAUUAUUAUCAGGACCAAUGGAGACUACAAGUGAGCAAGGGACUUUACCAAAAUACCACUUGAAUAGUGCAUACGUUGCACCAGCACAAGUACCGUACUAUACACAGGUUCAAUCCAAGUCAAAUGCUCGAUGGCAGAUUGCAGAAGGUGAAUUUUAUGAAGAUAUUUGUGCCUGUGGAGUAAAACAUGAUACUGGAAAGAUUGGAAAAAAGUCGUCGUUACUGCUGCACACUAUUAGCUCUAUGAUGAGCACCUUUGGUGACAGUACAAGAUCCUGUAUGACGACUGUAGAAGAAGUACAGGCUCUUGUUGGUGAUCAUGUUAGAAAGUUGUUAGGCACGGUGGACCCGGAAGUGUUUGCAGCCUCAUCGUGUCUGAGGACACUGGUGGAAAUUUUUGAAGAAGAGGCCAUUUAUUAUGGACGUUGGCGAGAAUUCCGCAGUGAAACAAAGCACGAAGAAAAUGAGCUGGAGGAUGUGGAGGAAGAAGAGCUGGCGGAAGAGCUAGAUCUCUUUGCGGUGUCCGAAAGCGACGACGUAUUCAAAGAGGCGUUUCUCGAACGAAUACGCUUUGCGGACGAGCGGACGAAAAAAAUGGACUGGUCGAUUUACGACAUGUUUGCAAGAGGUCGCAAGCUCAACUUCAUGAACAACAAGGCGACGCAGUUUCGUCAAUGGUUGGGUCUGGGAAAGAUGUCACGCGCAUCACUCGAGUUCCUCAAUUUUGUCACUUACCACAAUAUUGGUCGAUUAGUGGAGUUGGCAAUCAAAAAUCGGACCGGCGGAGAACUGAAACAACUGGAAACUCCCUUGUUGAAGGAUGACAUUGAGUCCGUGGCACUCUCGUUUCUUCCAGCUCCGCGUUUACCUAACCUCAUUGAUCGAACCCGCCCCUCGGCUGCAAAAACACGACGGGUUGGCAUUAGUGCUGUUAACAGUAAGUGCGUCCGCGUGGAACCGAAGACAAGGACAUCUGCCGAGACGACAUCAUCCCUAUCUGCGACAGAGGAAUCAAAUGCGAAAUGUGAAGCAGCAGCAGAGACGAGCAAGCCCACUGUCACUCCUUCGAUCCGCUGGAAGAAUUUUUGUUGGUCCAUCGUUCAUCCUCUGGGCUCCACCCAAAUCCAAUCGUUUUCAGCUUAUCCUUGUCUCGAUCCACCAUAUCGUCAUAAUUACCUCGACAGCGCAUAUUGGCAACAGUCGCUCCUAGUCGCGUUCCUCUCGUCUGCUGUGGCUAUUCUUGACUAUCCAAAGAUGACAGUCGCAAAGAAUCUACUAGCAGUGCGUGCUAAGGUAGCAGAAGCUGUAGCUAAAAGUACAAGGACGAAGCAAUGUACACUCGUGGCUGUGAGCAAAACAAAGCCUCUGGAAGAUUUAAGCGAAGCCUAUGAAGUUGGCCAGCGUCAUUUUGGCGAGAAUUAUAUACAGGAAUUAGUGCAGAAAACACCAUUGCUUCCUUCUGAUAUCAAGUGGCAUUAUAUUGGACAUGUACAAUCAAAUAAGGUCAAGGUGCUUGUGCGUGACGUACCUAAUCUCUUUAUUGUUGAGACCGUGGAUUCAAUCAAAAUUGCCAAUGCACUGGACAAAGCAUCAGGUGAGUUUCGUACGACGAAACUUGAUGUGAUGGUGCAAGUAAAUACCAGCGGAGAAGAGCAAAAGUCAGGCAUUGAUGCUGAUGGCUCGAUUGAGCUGGCGCGUCACAUUGUGACAUCUUGUGAGCAUCUAAAGCUCACUGGACUCAUGACUAUUGGUCGUUAUGGAGACAAUACGUCCGAAUGCUUUGACCGCCUAGUGGUUUGUCGUAAGAACGUGGCUGAGGCAAUUGGAAUGGCUGAGAAAGAUCUGGAUCUUAGCAUGGGCAUGUCCGGGGACUUUGAGCUUGCGAUAUCUUGCGGUAGUACGUAUGUUCGUGUGGGUUCAACCAUCUUUGGUGCUCGUGACUAUGCUAAAAAAGACUAG